CCUAUGCCGGUACCCGGUCCGGUUAGGACGAAAAGGACCUCUCGUCGGCGGAUGCCGAAGGCGUUUGGAGUCCCGACAUCGAGCAGAGCUUCCAGGAAGCUCUGGCCAUCUAUCCACCCUGCGGUCGGCGGAAAAUUAUCCUCUCCGAGGAAGGGAAAAUGUAUGGACGCAACGAACUGAUAGCCCGCUACAUCAAACUGCGAACCGGGAAGACGCGGACGCGGAAACAGGUCAGCUCUCAUAUACAGGUCCUAGCGAGACGGAAACUGCGCGAAUUUCAGGCCAAGAUGAAAGUGGACCACACAAUGAUGGGCCCGAAGGAGAGACUGUACCCGGGUUCCAUGGCCGGUAUGACCAGCGCACAGAUCGUCACGGUAGCAGCAGCAAAGGGGUUAAGCCUAACGAAUCCCACGUACCUUCCGUACCAUCAUCACCACCCCCACCAUCAUCAUCAUCACCACCAUCAUCCGCAUCAGCAUCCACAUCACCAUCCGCAUCAACUAUCUGGCCCUGCUCCUCCUCCUCCUCCGCCUUCUGCUCUUGCCUCAGUGCCAUCCUCAAUAGCGGCGUCGUCAUCGUCGUCGACACAUUCUAGUCAAUUCUGGCAGCCGGGUCUGCAACCCAGCACCUCGCAGGACGUCAAACCCUUCGCCCAGGCAGCUUACGGACCGAUGGGAAAAACGGCUACGGCCGUCUCCGACAGUGGCCUCCAGGCGGCACACCCCUGGGAGGGACGAGCGAUAGCGACGCACAAAUUCCGCCUCGUCGAGUACAGCGCCUACCUGGAGUUGCGUGUUGAAGAUACUUACCACAAGCACUUAUUUGUACAUAUAGGCGACCAGCCAGCUCACCCGCUGCUCGAAUCGGUCGAGGUGAAAGAAAUCUACGACAAGUUCCCCCAGAAGGCCGGCGGUCUGAAGGAACUGUACGAGAAGGGUCCCAGCAAUGCGUUCUUCCUGGUUAAGUUCUGGGCGGACCUGAAUACCAACAUCGCGAGUGAUGCUGGUGCCUUCUACGGUGUCGGCAGUCACUACGAAAGCAAUGACAACAUGGUGAUUACCUGCUCCACCAAGGUGUGCUCCUUCGGCAAACAGGUGGUGGAGAAGGUCGAAACCGAAUACUCCCGCUUCGAGAAUGGUCGGUACGUGUACCGGAUCAGCCGGUCGCCGAUGUGCGACUAUAUGAUCAACUUUAUCAACAAACUGAAGCACCUGCCCGAGAAGUAUAUGAUGAACAGUGUGCUGGAGAACUUCACCAUCCUGCAGGUCAUCUCCAACAAGGAAACCGACGAGACGCUGCUCUGUGUGGCAUUUGUGUUUGAGGUGUCCACGUCGGAGCAUGGCGCCCAGCACCACAUCUACCGUCUGGUGAAGGAAUAGCAUGAGAUCAGCACCGCGUCCCUUACCGCUGCUAGCCACCACAAUCAGCAGCAGCCACUUCAGAGCCAAACUGCUGUUGACAGCAGCAGCAGAAGCAGCGGUAGCAGUCUAAUGUUAAGUAAUCUUAGAAACACUAGCUACAAUAACGGUAACGAUAGUAACAAUAACAAUAACGCUAGCAGUAACCGUAACGAUAACAGGGGAGUAGAAGCAGGUGUCGGCAAUGUAGACAGCAUUGCAAUACCGACCAUUACCGAUGACCAGUCAGCAGCAGCAGCAGCUCUCGGGCUAGGAAUGGGUGAUGAUGGUGGCCUACAACAGGAGCAGCUAGUGAUUGCCGGGGUUUCCACAACGGCUACUGAUUCCGAGCAGGGCUCGUCCGUACUCCCGCCGGUGGACUCCCAUGAGCAUCAUCACCACCACCACCAACACCACCAGUACAGUAGUCUAAUGGCUGCGGCAGCAGCUGCCGCCGUAUGCAAGUCGGUAAAGCAGGAAUUUAUCGGCGGGGAGGAUUACCGGACGGUGGCUGCUGCCAUUGUGCAGCAGCAGACUCAGCUCGAGCUCGAGCCAAUCGGUACAACAACAACAACAACAACAUCGGUUGCGUUAAUCGAGAGUGGCGACUAAGCGGCUGAUUUUCUGAACAGGAUCUCCAACCUGGUUCGAGAGUAUUGCACCUGUACACACCUCUUCUGCUAUAGAAAUGUACCACGAUUAAUCAAGUGGGUGUUGUGGUCUGGUCUAACAACCUCUUACGUUUCGGUUCUCUUCAGGUUGACCUCCAAUUUCGUAGCUCUCAGUGAACGGAAACAAAACAAAAAUCGAGAAACUAAAUUUUAAGAAGAAAAAACAGUGCCUAUAUUACAAAGAAACAAAAAAAAACAAGAAACAAGUUAAGGAAAGGGGAGAUCUGUGUAGAAAGUUACGGAAAACUGUAAAAAUUAGGCUCUUCGAACGAAGAUGCACACGCCUAUUUGUUCUGCUUUGUUUUGUUUCCUCUUCGUGGUAGUAUUAGUGACGGGUGGGAAGCAAACCCACGCGAAUGAACCACUCUCAACACAAACACUCACACACAUAUAAACAACAAUCAGCAUUGAUCUCAGCGAACACCAGGUGGAAAUUAUUGGAUUUGGUUUAGUAGAAUAUGGGGGAGGCAGUUUGCCAUAAAACAAAUAACAAGCGUUAGCCAUACUGUUUCCCGAGAAACUAUUACACCCGUGUUCUGUGGUUUCUCCGGAAGCGUAAAACAAUGGACCAUGAGAGCAGUUGUAAAUAUUUAGGCAACAGAAUAAUGAACACAGAUAAUGAGAAGACAGAGAGAGAAGCGGACGCUGGAGCAUGCGAUAGUUGGGUCACGGCCUAAUAAAGCAGCUGCUUGUGUCGAUUUCGAUGUUUUUCGCCGAUAAGUCAGUCUUCAGUGUGUUGUCAAAUUUUUGUCGGGCGACAAAGAGUGUUCAGAUUUUUACACGUCGACCAGGAUGUACAGUGACCAGUAAGACCGUAGCACUGUUCGUGCAAUUGUCCUAUACCCUUUGAAUCGGCUGCGAAGUCGGUUUGAAACAGUAGAUCAAGUUGGGUAACGAUAUGUAGUACCAAGGCUGUGUGCUUUUGAUGGCGGCCAACAUCGUCUUAUUCGUAAUAUGUUCGAUGACUUUUGUUUAGACAAAACUCAUUAAAAAAAUUAUUUGAAAAUUGUCCAACACGAGACCCAUUUUGGAUGCCGUUCUUCAUUGGAUAAACGGAGGGUCCUUGCUAGGCGAUAUUGAAGCUUUCCCCAUGGAUAUUAUAAAAUCGACCAAUCGACACAUCAGUCUACUGUCCAACACUCAAUUCGUCCGUCGUUUGUCAAAUGUUUCUAAAGGGUCAACCACAAAGCUCGCUUUCCUGCCAAGGUGGGUAUCGUAGUAGGCUGGUUGGAAUGGCAACAUUUUUCCAUCGCGAAAAAAAUUUUCGCGAGGAAGGUGACAAUCACGCGGUUGAAGUAAAGUCUGUCGGAAGUGUAAUUUUAAUCGGAAUUCUUAUUCGGAAACAAAGCAGGGAUGGAUUCCAGCAAACAGAGGAAGAGAAAUAAGGAAAUGGUCAACAUUGCUGAUGCUGACUAUGAUAAGGCAUUUUUGACUACCGACGAUGCUGAUAAAGAUGAUUUUCGGUGGAUUCUUUAUAGUGGAGCGUCCGGAAGCAUAGUAGAGUAGAAGAAGCUGUACAAGUUAGAACAACAGGUUAUUAUCAGUGUGGCAAUAUCUGGGCAGAAGCUCAUCAGUCAUUACGCUGGCGAAGUAAGGAUGCUGGUGAGCGUGAGUAACAAGACGAUACGUUGCGUUGUUUAUGAGGUUAUGUACUUUCAUGAUUUAACGAUCAACUUGUUUUCUGUGAAAACGGAUCACGGGGUCCGUACUGCAUCCCGAAAAUCAAAACUGUUCGGACUUGUAAUCGUCGGAUACAUAGUUUCUCGUUUCAGUUUCCUUAAAUCGGGUGUUUUUGUAUCACCGUAGAGAUGAUAACCUCGGAAAUACUGGCUUGCAGAAGCUAGUGCUUGCCAGAAAGGUGGAAGAUGUUGAGCUGGAAGAUCUGAAAGUGGACGAAAAUGUGUGCAUAUUGUGCAUGAAAGGGAGCUGUUGCACAUGGCUGUAUGUGGAACAUUUAAGCCAGAAGCGUGGAAUAGGGGAAAAAUGUACGUAGCCUUAAGACUAAAAAUGACAUAUUCGAAGCACGCAAACAAUACUUGACGCGGUUGCCUAUUUUGAGUGAUGGCCAGCUCGAAUCCCUUUCGACAACGGAGGCUAGUAAGUAAAUUACGAGUUUCAGGUCAUACACACAGAAAAAAAAUGUUGGUAAAAAUAAGAGUUUUUAACUCUUAGCAAAAAACAACCAACGCAUACUCUUAGUUUAAAAAUAAAACUCUUGUUUUGAGUACUAUUCUUCAUUUGAUUGAAAGGAAAACUUUUACUUUGAUUAUUAUUCUUGAUUAAUUUAAUAGUUUUACUUUCAACCUAAUAGUUGGCGUUGGUUGUUUUUUGCUAAGAGCGGAAUACUCUUACUUUUACCAAUAUUUUUUUUUCUGUGUGUACUUAGUUGCGUUUCGGCUUCGCCUCAUCAGAAACCGACACUAACUUAUUGUCGGAAUAGAUUAGCGCCGGCUUGACGCAAUUUUUUACCAAAUUUUCCUCCUUAGGGUGAAAUAUAACAUAGAGUUUCAGGUGUUCUGCGAAAAAGCCGGUAUUGUAAUGGAAACAAUUGCGCCCUGUACGUCGCAACAAAACGGCGUUACAGAGCAUAUGAAUCGGAUCAUACAUAUAUAAUCAAAAACCAUGUACGAGCAGCAGUACUGUGCAAGCGGAGUUACAUUGUCCAGGUGAUAAUAUAGCACUAGGAUCGGCUUCGUGCUCGCAACGACCUGGUUUUGAUUAUGAGGAAACAUGCACCAGUAGUUCGGAUGAGUACUGCGAGAACAUUGCUAGCAGAGACUGUUAAGCUAGAUAUGAAUCUACAUUAAAUGGAUGUCUGCACCAUCAGCCAAAAACGGUGUCCUUAUGGAGGGAAUUUGCAUGCGUCAACUGCCAGAAUUCAAUAUAUAGGCUGAAGCAGGCCCCGCGAAGCUGAAAUGUUCAGUUUAGCCAUUGUGUAUUGAAGCUUGGAUUCCAACGUACCCAGUAUGACAGCUGUGAAUUGCUUAUACAUUUUGACGAAGAAGAUAGACAUCUACGUUGUCUUGUACGUGGAUGAUACACUUCUAGCUUAAAACUCGUUGAAGACCCUGGAGCACAUCAAGCCGAGAUUAUCUGUCGAAUUUGCGAGGACAGAUCUUAAUGAGCUACAUCACUUUCUGGGAUUACGCAUCGAAUGUGACUGGCAGCAAGACACGCUGAUUAUUGCCUCUUGAAGUGAUUUGAGAUGGAGGGAUGUAUGCAAGCGUCGAAACCACUACAACCAAACGCGAAGCUUGAGAAGCUUAGGAAUGACCAAAAACCAGUCCGGCUCCCGUAGUAUGCACUAACAGGUUACUUGACAUACUUGAUGCUUUCUUCCCAUCCCGUAAUCUGUGUGAUUUUCAAUGGCCCGAGUCCCUUUCAAAGUGGCUCUUCAGAGAGUCUUCAGAGAGCUUUUUCGAGUCAGGGAAUUCUGCAUCAGUUUUGCUGUCACAUUCAGAGUAAAGAUGGAACCUGGCGUGCUUAGUGACGCCGGCAAACGGAUUCACCGUCGAUCUUAUGGAUAUCUUUGAUCUGCGUGGCGUCCCGAUGGGAAAUCGGACACAUACAGCAGUUUUUCAAGAAGGUCUUUAGACGAUGCACAAGCAGAAAGGUACAGCUUUUUCUUCAACCGUGUGGGAAACUGGUAUUCAAAUCCAGAAGGCCCGUGUCGUUUCACUUACAACGAUUGGUUGAGUAGAAACUAAAAAAGCCGGCAGAAUCUUGGCGUUAUUGAAUAAGUAGAUUUCUCGGAACUGGGAUAAAUUUUCCCUACGAGCACCCAAUAAGAUUUUUGAGAAACUGGGCGGUAGUCAGUAGAACAGCGUGCUGGAUGGUCGGAGGUCGAAGAGGAUUCACAAAAGCUGGUGACGAUUAACAUCCACAAAGAGCUCUCUUCAAAUACAAGCGGGAGUGAAGUCGACUCCAGGGACGCGUGAUUGUCACCUUCCUCGAGGAGUGAAGUCGACUCCAAGGACUUUACAAGAAGUGAUCGAUAACAUGAUUGGUGAUUUGUUUGGAGCGGAAUCUCCUUUCGACGACAUUGUUGUUUUCGGCAAUAUUCGAGCUGAGCACGAUCGCAAUCCAAACAAUACUCGUCAAAGAAUUGUUCGGUUUCUCCCCCUAAGCUGGAAUGCUUUGGGUACCCGCUCUGCAGGCCGAAACUCAUGAACGCAACCAACAAAACAUGAACCCAAAUCUGCACUUAUUACAUUUAUUCAACACCCUCCUGCUCAACCAUUAAUGUUUUAACUUCCUAGCUACUACUACUACUACUCACGUAUGAUGGGCCCAUCCUGACUUGCAUAGCCUUCCGGUGCCAUCUAAGCCAACCCAUUGAGAUCUUUCAGUCCCCCGUAACAUUUCCACCUCCUUGACAAAUACCGACACCGUGGCUCUUCGACGGAAAACUUCUACGGCGAUUUUCCUUUGCUUGGCGAUCGAUCCGGUGGUGCAACUGACACUGUUGUGUUUCUCAGUCGCUCCGUGAUGGCUUCCAUUCCAGCUGGAGAACCUCCCUUUGUCACUGUCUCCGUUCUGUUUAGCAGACAAAACCGUUGCCUCGUAGUGUGCACUGCGUGUAGCAGAAGAAAAUUACUCCUUCGCCGUUUCCGCUGAGUCUGGCAACUAAAAAAACCCUGACAAAACAACAGUUUCAGUUCUCACGGGAAUACAUGUAAUCGUGUGCUUUUACUCACUUCCCACUGGAAGGUUUUUUGUUGCGAACUUCCGACUUCGGAGAGUUUCAGGAAUUCGUCCUACCGGCCACGUCCUUCACCUGGACGAUCCUAGUUUCGUUGUUCCGUUCUAUUGGAGAUUUCCUCUUCGCAAUUAGCUCUGAGCACGGAAAGCGCGAAUCAAUCUGUUUAUAACGGUGGAAACUGAGAUUGCAUAUCAUUGUUGUGCGCAUUUGUCAAUGGUUAUAAAUACCUUGUGCAGUAGCCUCAAUUCUUCCGACAAUAGUGCUGUCUUACGAGAUCGAACCCGAACUUGACCUGAUGUACUGCUUGUCGUGCGUUCCUUACGGGAAUGUUCGAUUUCUAUAAUGGCAAUAAUUAGCGCAUAGCUUUUUCACUCUGACUCGGACUAUUACCUUCACCGAUUUUUGUUCGAUCCACGCUAGAUUUGACUUUCGCCGUCGUCUGAAUGCUUCUUGGAAUGGAGCUGCUACAGCAUAAAUUCGAACUCAGUCAACUGUCUUUUAGGUUAUGUUCUCCUCGUGGAGAUGACAGCUUUCCGUCUGAAAUUUACAAUCGUUACAUAUUGCUUUUCGUUCCGGCUCAAAUGUUAGGUUUUACUCUCACCGAAAUUGCUCACCUACUGUUGUAGGUCGUCCCGACGUUUUCCGUGUGGCUCCGUCGCCGAUUGAAACCGACAUCGAUAGGUUGUCUCUUCGCUGCGCGCUUCUCGCGGAGAAGUGAAUUUUCUGCCAAAAUACUCGGCCAACUUCGCGUUUGCUCGAGUUUUUUCCUCGACUGGAUGAAAAUGCGGCCGAUCCUCGAGGCGGAAUGUGACGUCUGCUUACUGCCUUGUCACCAGCACAGUCCCAGUAGAAUUCUGCCGUUUCCGUUCUGCUCUGGUUUGCUCGCAUUUAUGUGGUGGUGUUGGCAACAUUUUUGUUUCCACUGAACUGACGUGACAUUGACUUGUUGUCAUACGGGGGGCUUAGUGAUUGGCGAUUACAGUCAGCCGGUGAAGACAUUAAUUGCAAAGACUGUCUACACUAUUGCUAACGCUAGAUUCAUGCUUACUCUUAGAUCUUGUACGGAAUUUAAACGUAUACGCUACAGAAUCGAUGAGUUUGUUCUACUGAGUAGCUUGAAACCGAAGGCAGACUAUAUAAUUGCUUCGGUGUAACUAGUGGAAGAGCUUGCAGCUGUUCUGGAAGACCCAAAGCCUGUUUAUAGUUCAAGAAUACGUUCUUUUCGGCAAACAAUUCCCAGCCCUAUCAGAAGCGAGUUUUUCAACGAGUGCAUCACGGAUAUCUCAGCAUUGUUCGAAACAGGCACAUGGUCUUCUGACGAGAUCGAGUCCUUCGUCAAGCGUUGGAUUUUGCAUCUGAAGUCAAGUCUCCAGUUCAUUCCACUCCAGCUGCGUGAUCAUUGCAUCUGGACCAUGGCAGGACUCUGUUUUCUACACUGUUUUGCGGUUCCUUAGGUGUUCGUGUAGUCAUGUGGUUCGUUUCUCGGGUAUCGGUAUUGGCCAAGGUCUUGGUAUUGGCCAAGGUCUUCAGUAGAAUUAUAGCGUUUACCGAGUUGUACGCGUCUUAGUAUCAUAGAAAGAGUGUAGUUUGAUGAAUGUUGAUACCAAUACAAGCUUCCUGAAUCCGGAUGAGAGCUCUGGUAGUAGUUGUUUCAUUUUCGCUAGUUCUGUUAAUGAUCCCGAUUUCCCUAUUCAUUAGGGUUAUGGUUCGCAUGUUAUUUAGUUAGCUCGAUUCUCUAGCUUUCCUAGGGAUUGGGCUUGUCUCCUCAGAAUUAUGGCGACUCUGAUAUUUCUUAAAACACGAGCACUCAGCUCACCAUUUCGUAUGUUUUUUUUUUCUUUUAUCUCCGAGAUCAGUUGUUUGAGCACUGUACGCGACAAACCAUUAGAACCCGGUGUAGAGUGACUUUUCCUUUGACUCAGAUCGUGCAAAAUAACAUCGUUCUUUAGGGCCACCUGGUCGGACCCCACCUUGUCGGUAAUCACCACCGGUUGCUGUAUUGGUCGAUCAACUUUUUGUGUUUAUCAGUGAGUGCUGUGUCAACUCCUUUGACUAGAUUCCAAAGCUGCCUGGCCGUUGUAGACUUGUCGAUAUUUCUGGUCAGUUCCUUUACGUAACAGCGUUUUGUCUUUCUCUACCCUUUUUUUGAAUUGGACACUCUUCUCGUGGAGUAGGAUAAAGUUUGAACUGGAUUCCAGUCAAUUUCUCCCGUCCACCAAGGCUUGAAAGAACCCUAUUAUUGUUAAAGAUGAGCUGUUGGAUGAAGUUUUUACUACUUCUUCGAUUAGUGAUACCAUUUUUUCUGGUCAGUAGACGCAUUGCGGUUUGAUGCUGUUCACUACGCUAUAUUUCACCCUAAGGAGGAAAAUUUGGUAAACACCAAAAUUUCUCACCAGGGUGAAAAUUUGUUGGUAAAACCAGUCUUUGAACUUGAGGGCACAAAACCUUAUUUCUUACACAGUUGCGUUUCGGCUUCGCCUCAUCAGAAACCGACACUAACUUUUUGUCGGAAUAGAUUAGCGCCGGCUUGAUUUUCUCGCCAAUCCCGUUGUAAACGUGAGAUCGUUUACUGAAUUCCUUUCGCCCGGGAAGUUGAUCAUUGUUGGGAUACUGUCAUUAAGUAGGAUCAAGUCGAACUGGUCAAUAAGACUGCGUAGAAGUUUCUCACGGUUACAUGCGUGGAAGUUCGGGCUACACGAAGCAUGGUGAGCGUUAGUCCGUUUCUAUAACCAUGUCUCCUUUUAGGAGUGAUAGUGCGAAUUUUUUUUCUAUAUCAUCCUUACAUACGUUGACUGGAUGUAGGUAAGCCAAUAUGAGGUAGACCAAUUCAACAGUACCAGUGUACGAAGAAGACAAAGGGUUAAGUCGUCGGGAAACUCUGCUUUUCUAUACUUUCCUCCUUCAACUUCUUGCUCUCCCUUUGUUGGCGACAGCAACAGGGACUAUGUCCGGUUUGUACGGCUCACCUGGAGGGUACGAAGGACCAAUGUUAGCGACAGCAACAGAGACAGCUCUGCUUAGUACGGGGCACUUGGAAAAUGAGGAAAAAAAGACUGGUUCGGCGUAUAAACUAUAUUUGCUUCUACUUCGACCACGUGUACAAUUUUUAAUGAAAAUGUUCUUAUAUUUUUCGGAAAACGCCUCCUGCGAUCAAGUCUGCUAUAAAGCAAAUCUUAGCUAUAAUCAUAUUUUUUUUUGAAUUCCCAUGGCAUACUAAUUUCUAACACCCUUGAGUACUAUGGCUUUUAAUAUUGAAAGAUAUACUUCACACCUUUCAGUCCCUUGCUAAUAAAAUGUCGUUGCAACAAUUACAGUCUGAGCUGAUGGAAAGUCGGUCAUUUCCGCGAAAGCAAGGUCCAAACUCGCAAAACGAUUUUGGACUUUUGUGUCCAUCAUUUCCUACUUGUUUACAGUUGACUUAUAAGGGAGUGGCCCUCACAUUCGGCUGGUACUCUUUUCCGAGUAUCCUGCCUUUUUUCCGGCGCACUUUGUUCUUUUGUGUUCAAACUUCCUACAAAGCUGUACAUUUCCGUUCGAAAGUUGAUGCAAGAUAGAUUUUUGAUAGUUGGGAAGCGUUUACUUACCAACUAGCUUCAACUUGUUUUGAAACUUGUCACUUUUGUUCAUCUCUCUCUGCAUCAAUUGAAGGCUGAUUCUACCAAGACCUUCUCUACUGCAGCGAAGUGAUUUAGAAUGGUUUCGUCGUGCUUCAGUGGCUCCAGACAGAGAUCAUCUACAAGUAUCACUAAUUUUGAGCUCGCUUGUGCACCUAUUGGAAUUAAAGAUUUAUGGUUUGAUAUUUUGAUACCCUCUCGAUUUAUGGCGGGUUCUGCGAGUGCAAGGUCAUGUUUGCCUCUCUUGUUUUUGGGAUUUGUCUUUAGAAAUUACGCUUGUGUCUAAUGGGCAGAAUUUCACUUUUCUGAUGGUUUUUUGUCUUGGAUUAUAAUUUUUAAUAGCGAAACCACUUUUCACGGGACUAUUUCUAGAGAAAAUUUUCAAUAGGACGUAAGUAACAAUGAGAGAUUCCCUUUGGGGUCUUUCUCUUCUAUUCAUUUCUCGGCCAUUUUAACAUUUACUACUCUACUCUUUGCAUAAUGUUCUAGUAAAAACCGUCGGCUUGUCGAUAUGUACUGGAAAAUUAGUGCAAAGUGUUGUAAUGACGUCGAAAUAAACGAAAAAGAAAGUAAACAAUAAGAGACUCUCAAUGUUACUUACGUCCUAUUGAAAAUUUUCUCUAGAUUUUUUUCUUCGUGGCACCGGCCGUCAUCUUUACCGACGCGCAUUAGUCGUAAAUUUUGUCAAAAACACUCACAUCACUUGUAGUCCGCGGACCGACACAAAUCAGCUUCACACACGCGAAAAUAUUACGAAAGAGUACUCAGAAAUCUAAACGUACAUUCUUGUCGAAAAACAGGACCAAAAUUCGAUACACAUGUUUUUUCUCACACAUACACGUACUUUAUCUUUUUAUUUAGGUAUCAGAGUAGAUUUCUCGCGUUUUUUUUAAAGGGCAAAUAAUCAUGCUGUUAAAAUACACUUUGGGAGGAAAUUCUAGAAAAACGAAUAAUCGCCGAUUAUAAAUCACAGCAGUAAACGAAAGAGAAAACUUUUCUCUUUCAUAAAAUGUUAGCAUCCAGUCUCGACGAGUUACGGUUUGUCUGGAAUUUUCACUCAAAGUCAAUUUUGACAGAAUGCUUAUUGGCCGUUUACAAAAAACACGCGUGAUUUCCUCUCUUCUCAGUUCACUAUUACGAACAAAACAAUGUUGCCCGUCAUUAUAGCACAGCGUGAAAAACUAAACUGACACCAAAACAUCCAAGCAACCCUGUAAAGAAAAAUCAUCCAACGAACGUCCUUCACUGUGCAGCGAUGUAUGGGACGUCGCCGCUCGACAACCCGUUCAACAUAGGAACCCGCAUCGAACGAUUCCGCAGCAUUUUUGUUGGACGGUUUCUGCUCGCGUUGGGGAAGAAAACUGACAGCAUCUGAAGCAGAACAACUCAAUAACGUCCAUGAAACCUAGUUUUUCGUUUGUUUUAUUCUAUUUGUAAUUGUAAUCUUUAUAGUUUUUGGAAGAGUGCAUAAUUAGGUUUAAAUCCCGCAGCAAGAGAUUUUCCCUCUCCCUUUGUUUAAUAGAAAGAAGGGAGCAAACGUUUUGCUUUUUUGGGAGUACACUAAAACUGGUUAACAACUCCGUCACACUGCAGCAAUUCGACCGGUUUGUGUGCAAUAUGGCGUCGUCGCCACCGAUUCGAGGGAGCCACGCCGCAUACAAUUACUCAACACAAAAAAUCGAGAAAAAAAUGCUUUAAUUAUUAGUUCUACUCGAUCGCGCGAUAUAAUACAUUACCCACAGACACAGGAACGUACUUUGAGAAAAAAAAAACCCCACGAAUUAAGCCAUUAUUUGUUUGUUUAUAAAACAAAUCCUCUGCGCUUUUUACACCCCCGUUUCUGUUCUCGUCCCAUUGGAAUUGUCAUUGGUGGUUGGUGCAGAUGGUAAAAGCCGGAGAAAAGAAGGAAACUUUGUACAAAUCAUACAUCUAAAACACGAGAAAAAAAACUAUCUGAAGAGUUUAUUUUUUAAUAAUAGCGAGCGGCGGUAAUAAAUUUAAAAACGAAAUGCCAAUACUUAGCUAGUAGAAACAGAAAAGAGAAGAAAAAAAACCGUGGGGAAAAGCACUAGUAAUUAGUUUAACACAGAGAAAAAGCUGGAUUUCUUAUUUUUCGUUCAGUUUAUUUAUUUUAAAUUUAAUUAAUGAUUAGCUUGUAAGCUGAAGAGAUUUUUUUUGUUGUUGAACCCCGCUCAUUAGAGACAGAAGGGAAGAGGUGAAACGACAAGCGUGUCGAGUCCGAGAUAUUAGAAAUGAUAUAGCGAAGGGUUAUUUUUAUUUUUUUCGCGAGAGUUAAAAUCUGAAGAAGAAGAAAAAAUAUAUUGAGAUGAAGAUAUGUUUAAAGGAAUAAUUCAUUUUGAUCUCCUAGUUAGUCAAAUGCAUUAUUAUAAACAAGAGUAAAAAAAAGGGAAGCAGCAGAUGAAAUUUUGCAAACGAUUCAAAAAUCGUGCUUCUUUUGUUCGUACUAUUCAGAAAUUAAACUUGAAAAAAACCAAUGUAAUCGAGACAAAUAAUCAUGGAACCAUUGAGAAUAUGAAAGAGAAACAAAAUACACACAACCCCUAAACAUACUAGACAAAACGAAACUAAAAGAGCUUCAUCUUCUGUGAAGAAUGAGGUCCAAAAACCGGAACAGAGAUAGAGAGAGAGAGAGAGAGAGAGAGAGAGAGAGAGAGAGAAGGUAGCAGGAGAAAAGCAAUUUGACCAGUAGCGCGAGAUAACGAAAACUGUAAAUUUCUACCGAGAUUGCGAGACACAGACGCCGAUAUACGAAAGAAGAAAGAGAAAAACUACUGCGAGUUAAAACAGAGAGACAGUGUAAAUAGUGCAAAAGUUGUGAAAAAUAUUAAAAAAACAGAAAAUGUUCGUUUAGGUAAGAGACAGGAAAGUAAAUCUUUUUUAGCUAAUGUGUAAGCUUAUCUAUAGUAAAAAAAAGAAACAAUCAUUCUCUCCGGUUUUCAACUUUGUUCUCAACUAUAGUUUUUUUAAUGAGAAAUCAAGAGUAAAAAGUGUUUAAUGUGUAUAUUCUGUAAUACCUGUUUCGCCGUAAGAAAAAAGUAAAAAAAUACAUAGCUACAACUAUACGCGCAGCAAUAGACAGUAAAACAUGAUAAGUUUGAACAAGAGAGGACAGCGUAAUUCAAUAAAUCUUUAAGUAACAGAAAUAAGCAACCCAGCAUUAAGUUAAACCGGCAAAGAAACAAAAAUCUACAGCAGACACUAUCCUUUACCGGGGUAAAAAGAAACACCCAAACUACACACGUGAAAUAAUAAAAAAAACCAAUCAAAAUAUACCCAUACAGCAAAACAAUAGAAGACAUAAUUUAUCAAAUACGGACUUCGUUUGCGUGAAAAACAGUACAUUUACAUAACAGUAUCGAAUCACGAAAGUGAUUUCAGUCGGAUGAAAACCGUGCGUCCUUCGAGAUGUUGAAACGGCGAAGGGAAACAUUUAAACAGGAAAUCAAACUAAGGACAUGAAUAAAACAAACCAGAUUUAAAAAGAAGAAACACAAACGAUUAUGAAUACACUACGAGAGAGAAAGAGAAGAGAAGCAAAAAAACGCAGGAUAAAAGAAACUAGCUAAGUAAGUAAGACAAUUGAUGAAGUUGAGAAUUCCGAUAUUUCAAAACGGAUCGCUGCGUCACGAACCCCCCAACGCGGGAGUUUGAGAAAAGUGAAAUAAGUUGAAUAAACAGGUGAAAAAUUCUUGAAAACUA